GGUCACCGCAUGAUAACUCAACACGUAGUGAUAACAGACUUUGUUGACAACUGACAAGACGAGACGAGAGCUUCUGGCGGUGAUUACAACCAAUUUCCGGUAGUUUUCAAACAAGUUGUACGUAUUAUUUUCCAGUAAAACAUGGGAUUUUCUUUGUGGACUCUGCUGGAGGCUUCGUUACUAUGCCUGAACGCCAUAUGCAUACUGAGCGAAGAAAGAGUACUGGCUAAGUGUACGUAAAACUUUUUUAUAAUUUACCUUCAAUAAUUAAUUUUAUCAAUUCUAUAAUAUUAAUAUUAUUUUUAUUAUUAUAUUGUAUGUGUACUUGACCCGUAUAACUUUUCGGUUUUCAGAUGGGUGGUCUAAUGUAAAUAAUGAUUUUCAAGACAUUCCGACUACGAAAACACAAAUAGUGUCUCUAAUGCAGUCUAUCCGAACAGUUGUUAAAUGUAAGUCUUAUUAAUUAUAAUAUUUUCUUUGUCUAUGCAUUUUGUUCAAUUAUUUAGCGCCUAGAACAGAGUUUUUCAACCUGAGGAUCAUGUCACAAAGAACUUGUGAGUGAUAGUUAAGGGGACCGCCAAAAACCAGUAAAAAAAAGUAUCAUUUAUGCUGUAUAUCAUAUUUUUUCAAGUUUUAUUAAACAAUUGUUAAACGUCUUACAAGAAAAAAAAAUAAGGGGUCGUGAUAACUAAAAAGUUGAAAAUCACUGGUCUAGAAAUUGGGGAUUACAAAAAAUCUUCUUCAGGUGAUAGCUAUAUUCCAAGAUGCAAGUACAAAAUAUUAUAUCAAUUGAUAUUUAUUAUCCUGUGAUGGUAUUAAUUCAUUCUUUAAAAUAAAUUGAUGUCAUUUUUUAAAAAAGGAACAUGUCUGUAGGCAUGAGAUUUUAUACAAUUGUAUUCUAAAAAUUACAAAGUAUUAAAUAAGGAAUUAUCUAUGUUAAAAAAAAAAAUAAUAAUAAUGUACAAUCUAUAUUUAUAUAAAUGAUUAUUUGAUAUGUGUAAACAUAUAUUUUUAUUAAUAGUAAUGAAUAUUAUAACUUCAGUAAGUUAACAGAAUCAAUAUCAUAUUCAUGUAAUAACUUAACUUAUUAAUCAAAUAAUUGUAUUUUUCGUUAAAUUAUGUUUUUGAAAAACUGAUUAUUAUGUCCCUUAUUGUUAGCUAUUAUAGGUCAAUAUUAUUUUCAUUUUAGAUUUAAUUUUUUAUUAAUUCAAUCAACAUUUUUAAACAUUUCAGUCAACUUAAAAUGUCUUUAAAAAAUUAGGUUUGAUAACAUUUAUUGAUUUAAAAUGCUCUAAAUUUGUAACAAGAAUAUUACUUUUAUCUUAAUAUUAUUUUAUACAUUCAGUAUCGAAAUAGAAACAUUUUAUUUUAAUCAAUCAAAUUAGGUUGGUUUCAGCAUGCUAUCUAAAAACUAAAAUGUGAUUUGAAAAAAUCUUGGAAGAAUUAAUGAAGAACAUUUUCUGUUACCUAAUACUUGUAUUAGUAUAAUGAAAACGUAUAAUGGUUUUUUUUUUUUUUUUUGUCACAUUUAUUAUGUUUUUAGAAACUGUGUUCAAAACUUUUAUAAAAGCUCAAUACUCGAUAUAAUUUUACUGGUUGGAAGUUAAGUACGAAUGGCCAACAUAACUCAAUACAGUACUGACUACUUGAUUGCCGGUUUAAAUUCAUAUAACCCAUAUCAAUUGUGUACAUAGAUAAAUUUCUGUAUUGAUUAUCGUAUUAUUUAUUUAUUUCUUUGAAUCCUUUCACUCCCAAAAAAUACUAGGUGUGGUUAAUUGUACCUAAUAUUAGUAGGUAUGCUUUUUUCAUUUUUUUAUGAACCAACCUAAUAUCUUAUCACACGGAGAGAUUAUGAAACAAUUUAAGAAAAAUAAAUAAUUUGAGAAUGAGUGAUGAAAAAAAAAAAAUUGUAAUCUUAUGUUAAUAAAUAUUAUAUUGUAAAUACCUAGUACCUACAUAAACAAAAAUUGAUUGAUGUGGGAGAGGGGCGAUCGCCCCAUUGAAAAUACUACGCUGAUAUUGUUUUAAGCUAAAAAUAAUUUUACGCAUAUUAUAUAUAUAAUUUUACGGCAAUUUUGUUUAUCGAAAACAAUUUAAAGACUCGAUAUCGAAUUUUAAUAAAAAAAUUUCACGUCCGUUUCUAAAAAAACAAAAAUAUGCCUGUACAUAUUAAUAUUAUACUCGCUCGUAAUUCGGUAAUAAAACGUGUUGUUUGGAAAAUUAUGACGUCGGAAUUUUUACGAACGGUGCGGCGGUCGUUUACUCUCUGUAGAUAAUAAUAUUCGGAAUAAUAAAAAAUAAUAAAAACGCGUCCAAAUUCCUAUCUCUUACGAUGACGUUACCGAUUUAUACGCUGAAAACUCGGUCGCCACGUCUCGGGACAAGUCUCGGGACCGUGUUUGAUAAUAUUUUCGUCGGGCUUUUCGUAACGUAAGGCGAAUGAGACCCAAUGUACACCAAAAGAACAAAAUUAUAUUAGUAAAAAUAAAAAUAGUAUUCGUUACCUAAUUAUUAUGACUAAAGAAAAAUGUAAACACUUCAGACAGUAUUACUCAUGACCAGGGUUCGGGGCUUAUAAUCAUCAAAAUAAGCGCUGAAACAAGCACUUAAAUACUUCAUUAUAAACACUCAAAUCAGCACUUAAAAAUAUAAAAGUAAUCCAAAAAUAAAAAUGACGGACAUUCUUCGCACGUGGGUGCAGCUACUUUUAUAGAGGGGAAAUUGGGAAGGUAGGAUACGGACGGGAAUUUAAUGUAUAUCUGUUAGCAACGAUUAACGAAAAAACUAUUCUGAGCAUCGAAUGAAAUUCAGUUGCUUUGUCAACAUUAUCAACUGAACUCCGCUCAGAAUCGUGUUUUCGUUAGCAUCGUUACUUACAGAUAUACAUUAAAUUUCUCUCUACUGCCUUCCCAACUACUCACCUAUAACAGUGGCUGCACCCACGUAAAAAGUGGCCCUGCCCUUUUUUUUUUUUUUUUUUAUCAAAGUGAUAAAAAAAAAUAUUAUCUAUAUAUGGUUGUUAAAUGAUUCGAAAAACAUUUUUUUCAGGUGCAUCAAAAUUAAAAUGAAUAUUAAUAAUAAUUUAAAAUUACAAUAUAGAUUAAUAUUUUUUUCUAACAAUUUACAAAAUAUACUAAAUAUUCUCCAAUGUGAAAAACAAAACUUUCUGUGAACUCAGUGUUGAACAAAUCGUCCAAAUUUUUUACUAUCAUAAGACUGUAUAUUAUACACUCAGUAACAAUAUGUGAAAAACUAAAACCCCUAGUUUGGCAAUCAAAAACUCCGCGAAAAAACGUGUAGGAAUCACUGCGGCCGGAGAAUUUCGAAUCUAAAAAGACCAUUUUUUUCUUUUUUUAUCGCCGACUGUACCGAAAUAUCCUUUCACGACUCAACAGUUAUUGGUGAGCCUCAAUAACAACUACAAUCUCUUGCCGAUCAAUUAUAAUUCCCAUUUUCUCCAGGUCCAACACGCUAGGUUACUGGGUCACCCACUCGGCCUUUUGUCGGCUUUUGGUUUUCGUUCUAUAUACAGCUAUUCUGAUCAUUCUAAAUGUACAGACGCGAAUUCCUGAAAACCCAUAUGUUCACGUUUUUACCUCAGCAUUACAGUUAUCCUGUAAAAUAACUGCGCAGUAAAUGUUUUUAAUUCCCGAUUUAAUCGCAUUCUGUUUGCAUAUAUAGGUAGCUAAAAUGUCUUUCUCUUAUUCUGCUGUAGACUUUCAAUCUUUCGAUUGGCCGGCAGAGGUUCACCGUGACGCUUCUCUGUCAAAACUCGAAUAACUCGAUAACUUUUCGUGAUUUCCGCAUCAUCGAGAACUCGUGGUUUAUACAUACAGGGUGUUUUUUUUUAUCAUGAACCAGCGAUUAUCUUAGAGGAUUUUAAGUGAACCAUUUUUAAUUUUUUACCUCUUAUCCAUAUACCUUAAAUAAGUGCAUACUUUUGAUUUUCAAAUAGAACCCCCCCCCCCCUUAUUUUGAACACAGAUUUGAAUAGAAAAUAUUUUUCUUGAAGUUUUGAUAUGCAUAACACUAAUAUCAGAAUAACCAUUUAUGAGUUAUAAUAAUUUAAAAUUUAGACCAGAAGAGUAGAGAAGUAUAAUAAAUUGCCUAUAUAUGACUGUGUUCAAAAGAGGCGGAUUCCUAUUGGAAAAUCAAAGGUGUGUACUUUUUUAAGGUAUAUGGAGUAGGGGUAAAAAAUUAAAAAUGGUUUUAAAACAAAGUUUAAACGAUUCCAUAAUAGUUGGAAAAAACCGAAAUCAAAUUCACUUAAAAUCCUCUGUGAUAAUUGUUGGUUCAUGAUAAAAAAAAAUCACUCUGUAUAUAUAUUCUUUCUUCGACUUUUCUCUUCCGAUUUUACCUUUUAUACGUUACUCUCGAUGUUUAACCGCUGCUGGGGCGCGGAACAAUUUUAACGAACAUCCAUACUCGUUUCCUGAAAAAUAAAAAAUCCACGAGUGGAUAGAUCAAACCUCUUCCUUAACUUUUGGAUUGAGAGAUUAUUUCCUAUUAUGAAAGAUAAUAUUUUGUUAUGAUAUGUACGGAUUCAGUCGUUUACCAUUUUGUUUUCUAUAGCGCGGACAUCACACAGUUAGCAAACUCGUGUUCUAUACUGACGGGCGUCCAAUGGACUUAACACGUGUAUCAAUUUUGGCAUGAAAAACUUUAUUAAAAGAAAAAAAUCCCUUCUACGGGGUGUGCGCAGCAGAAUAUAAUAAGAAGAAAAAAAGAUAAUUUUGAUGUUGUGGCGUCGUUCCGAUAGUUCGUUGACCCCGCUCGAUCCGCUAUUGCCUAUAUAGGAUAAUAAUAAAUAAAAAGUUAUUUGUCCUCUUUGUAGACUUACCGUAAUUUUUAAUUUUUUUUUUUUUUUUAAUUAACUUCUCAUAGUGUCGGCGUAUAACCGUGUCAGACGCGUAAUAGGUCUUCGUUAAAUAUGUAUAGAAGAUAUAUAUUUAUUUUUUUUUUUAUGUAACACAUAUUUAGACAUUUUAUCUUCGCAAUAACAUUUAGAAAAAAAACACACACACACACCUAUAUACGUAGUUAUACGUCGUAUGAUGUGCGUUAGUUACUGUUGAUGGUUGUUGUAUAGGUUGGUUUGAUGAAACGACCGUCUCGAAUUGGGUCAUCGUGUAAAAUCGAGUCUUAAGAAAAUAUUAACGCUCAUAUUAUUCACGAUUAUAUAUUAUUAUAAUAUUAUUAUAUUAUUAUAUAUUGUUACAUAUUAUAUUCGCGUAUAUUAUAUAGUUUACAAUUCUGUGAAUGUUCUCAUUAUAUUAUAUGCUCUUUGCGGGUCAUAGAUGCGUCGUAUACAGACGUAACCGUACGUACGUACGUACGUUCGUUCGUUCGUUCGUUCGUUGCAUAAUCGAUAUUAUGCUUAAUAUUUCCGUGACUAUUUCCAUAGUUUCAGAUACGAUUAAAAGAAAUCACUUUCGUUUCGACCUGGGCGUUUUACCCUCGAGUCGAAUAAUUCCGUACCACCGCAAAAAAAUGAAAAAAAAAAAAAAAACGCGUUGAAAAAUAUCACGACUAAGAGCGUCGUCAGCGUCGAAGCGCCAAAAUGAGAUAAGGAAAAAAAAAAAAAAGGUAUCGUACGAAAGAGCCGAAAUCCUGUGUGCCACGGUAAAUAGAUACAGUAUUAUGUGUAAUAGAUGCAUCCAUUAACUGUGUGCCUGUGUGAUAUUAAACUUGGAACUAUAUCGUUCAAAAACUCGCAAACGUUUAAACUUAAUCGACAAAUGCGUUGUCUUGUAUUACGGUAGCAGUUUAUUUACGAUGCGUAUGUAUGGACGAUUUUAUAAUGACAUUUUCAUGUUCAAUUUUUCAUUUUCAAGCGUUUUGCGCUUGUCAUGUAGCCGGGAUCGUAAUGUACGUAUGUUCCCUUGGUGGGUCAUUUACUUUAGAGUUUGGUUCAUUGAUUUGUUGUCGAAAUUCUUUAUAUCUUAUUACCAAUGUUCAAUAAAAGUUCUUUAAUUCGGUUGUUUUCCGUUUGAAAUGUGCCUAUUUUUCGGAGACUUUCACAUUUGUACAACGGACGUAAUAUUAAUAUUCGGUCAAAGGUAAUUUACUAAUGUAUUUUGUACAUUUUCCGUUUUUCACGAUUUUUCCUAUUUAUUAAGAAAACUCCUGGGAAAACCAAAAAACGAUCUCCCCGAAUUACCAUGGAGAUAAAAUUUCCUUUCAGAAAAUAAGCUACACUUGAUACAUCUGAGCAAAAUUUUUGGUAGAAAAGUUCGCACAACAAAUCGAGGGGUAUUUUGCGAUUGAAAUAGUCCGAGCGAGCGAUGGCUUGGGUCCCUAGAUACACCCAAAAUGCAUGUGUUUUCCAUGUUUAGGUAAAAGGGAAAAAAUGCAUACAAUUUUUUUUUGAAACACGGAACCCUAGGAUGAUAAUAGGCAUAAAUUACCAUUAGAUAAUCACGACAAAUAUGUUUUAAGAAGGACAAUAUAAAGUUAUUUAACAUAAUAUAAAAUAUCAGAACUUCAAAAAGCUAUAAUUUCGAAACUUAGUCAGUCCGCUCAGUUCUGGCUUUACCAACAUUCAUAAUUCGGCAUUAUACAUAUGUUCAAAAAAAAAAAAUUGAAAAAUUAAAUUUGAUCCACAUCAUUUUUUACUCGACGAUUUUCGUCGAAAUUUUAUAUUAAAAUUUCUUUUAAAAAAAAAAUACUACAUUAAAUUCAAAUUUUCUUUUUUUGACCACAAAGUAAGAUUCUUAAUAAACCUCCUGUUAAAUUCUCAAGCAUUUUUGUUUGAUCUAACAAUUUUAUUCAUAGAGUACCUACCGAAUAAAUAUUAUGUAAAAACCUGCAAAAUUAAAAUGUCUAUAAAUAGCUCAAAAAUGGCUUAAAUAUUUUGAAAAUUUUACCACAUCUAGAAAAGGCAAAUAUAAGUUUUCUGUUCAAAUUUUAAGUCGAUUUUUAACUGAAUUGCAACAAAUAACAAAAUUGAAAAAUAAAAAAGCAUUAUUUUUGAAAAUUUCCCAUUUUUCUUACGUUUUAUCCUGGUUUUUCCCAGAUAUUAUGAAAACCGCUUGAAAAAUCAAAAAAUACCCUCCCAAAAGUACCACGUAAACGAUAUUUCUUUUCAAAUAUGGUGGCACGCGUAGAUAGCUAAGCAAGAUUUCUGGUAGAAUUUUUGUACACAGUAUAAAAAAAAAAAAAACCAAUACAUUCUUCGCUACACUCAGAAUCUAAAAGGCAAAAUAAAAUUUUGCUGUUUAUUCCAAAUCGAAUUUAUAGCUAACGUAGCUUUGUAUUAGACCAAUAGAAAUAUUUAUCAUUAGCGCAUCGCAAGCGUUUUUUUUUUUUUUGGAACCAAAUUUUUAAAAAGCCUACUGAUAAGCGAUGUUGAUUCUCCGUCUUCACUUUCCUUAAUUAACUGUAAUGUUCCACAACGAUCCACUCGUUUACCUUCUACGCUCCACAUACCUUUAAGUACCGCCAACUUCACGAGAAAUGAACCAAUAAGACGUUUGAUGUCUCAUGCACAUGUAGGCCCAAUGUUUAGUUGUUAUUAUGUUUUUCGUAUUUAUGUUAUCUGGUUUGUAUACUAUAAUAUAAUGUUACUUAAUUUGUAUUAAAGGCAAGGACGCCCGCAGAAAUAUUUCCCAAUAAGGGGAGGGGGGGGCAACAAAACACAUUUUAUUUUUACCAAAGAUUCUGUAAACACACACGGAAUAAGAAUUUUAAAUAUCAAACUAGGCUUUGUGAUAUAAUCAAAGAUAAUAAACGUAAUACAAAAAUUGUGUGUUUAUUAAAAAAUAAAUCGUAAAUCGUCGUCCCGUAAUUGAAUGUUCGUGUAUAACGUAUAUUAUAUAAACCGAGGGGGGGGGGGCACGACCCCAUCGACCCACCCCUUGCGGGUGCCCUUGACUAAAGGACAGUCCGUAUAUUUUUUGACAGAUAAAAUGUGAUCGUGUUAUCUAUAUUUUCAAACCGAUUUCUUUAUUAUUUAUAUCCGCAUUUUUUAAAACCUGGGUUUUUUUUGUGUUUCAGAUCCGCUGAUAAUUUUCAACGUGCUGGUCAUACUCGUCAAGAGUCUCACGGGAUGACGAGAUGAACAGGCGUCGGCGGUGUUUCCCGCGAGAUAUUUAUUUGUUUGUUUUUUAUUGUAUACAUUUGUUUCGUUUUUUUUUUCUUUUUUUUUUUCUCAAAUUUAAUCGUCCAUAAUAAUGGCAAUACCCAAUAUGUGUAUAUUCGCGUGUACGUAUAUGUAAGAGAGAAGCGCAAUAAACGAAUAUUUCUCUGACGUGUUUAAAUUGCGUAUUGGUUUUUGGCUCGGGGUUUGGCGGGAAAUCGUCUUGUACGUUAUCAUUUAUUUAUUUUUACGCAACGAAUUAUUAUUGUGUUAUUAUUAUUAUUAAAUAACAUAUUUUCGCGCGGUACAUAUUCGUCACUACAUAAUCGCUGUACAUUAUACUAUCCAUAAUAUAAUAUUACAGUAAGUACCUGUACCAUUAUCGGCUGUAAUGAUAACAAUAUAAUAAUGUAAUAAUUGUAAUUAUUAUGCACGUGUUCGCGUCGAACGACGCAGAUUGGUCAUUAUUAACGAUUGGAAACGCUGCUAAAACCGCGUGUGGCAAUCCGCCUAAUAUAUUAUACACACCUCUGUAAUACGGCCGCCUAAUUUAAAAAGAAAAAAAAAAACUGUUAAUUCUCGUACCCUCCGGUCUGCGCGCGAAUAGAGGUACACUCCGGUAUUGGAGGUAUAUUAACCUCGGUCAACAGAGAUACCUCGGUUACUGCUGUCUACGGGAUAUCCCGCGAGCGGCCGAU